AUGCAAACAAGGCACCAAUUGCUGUCAACUGCCACUCGGCGCAUCAGCGAGGCGUCGAGGGCCUCCCUCUCGCGAACAACACGCCAGUUUCCCCGGGCACCCGCGUUGGGCGCAACCGUACCAGCACUCAAUGUCGCAACCUCCUUAGCCAAUUCUCUACACCUUCUUCCCACAAUAGCGACACGAUCGUAUGCCAAUGGCAGACCACACCCUCCAGGCGGUACCCAUCGCAUGAACCUCGGGGCCGACGAGGAGAAACCAGCAUUGGAACAGUACGGUAUCGACUUGACAGCCAGAGCACGAGACGGAAAGCUCGAUCCCGGUCUUGCGCUGGAGAUUGUGAAGGGCGCGGUGCCAGAAAGCAUCAAGAAUAAGAGGGUCAUCAGUCUCGAUCUUGGAUCUCUCAUUGCAGGCGCCAAGUUCAGGGGUGAUUUUGAGGAGCGGCUAAAGAAGGUCCUUACCGAGGUGCAACAAGCCAACGGAGAGGUCAUUCUCUUCAUCGAUGAGCUCCAUACUCUCCUAGGCCUCGGAAAGGCCGAAGGCUCUAUCGAUGCAUCGAACCUCCUGAAGCCAGCUCUCUCCAGAGGUGAGCUUCAGUGCUGCGGUGCCACCACCUUGAACGAAUAUCGUCAGAUCGAGAAAGAUGUUGCCCUCGCUCGCCGUUUCCAACCUAUCCUCGUCAACGAGCCGACAGUGGAGGAUACAAUCAGCAUCCUGCGCGGUAUCAAGGAGAAAUAUGAAGUUCACCAUGGUGUCCGUAUCACCGACGGGGCCCUGGUCGCGGCCGCGGCUUACUCCAACCGUUACAUCACCGACCGCUUCCUUCCCGAUAAGGCCAUCGACUUGAUGGACGAAGCCGCCAGUUCGCUUCGUCUACAGCAAGAAAGCAAACCCGAUGACAUCCAACGAUUGGACCAGAAGAUCAUGACCAUUCAGAUCGAGCUGGAAAGUUUACGAAAGGAGAAGGAUGUUGCCAGCGUUGAGCGUCGCGAAAAGCUCGAGGCUGACCUAAAGAAGUUCCAAGACGAAGUCUCCGUGCUGACCGAGAAGUGGGAGAAGGAGAAGAGCGAAAUCGACAAGAUCAAGCAAACACAGGCAGAGCUCGACAGAGCCCGCAUCGAGUUGGAGCAAGCUCAGAGAACCGGCAACUUCGGCAGGGCUUCGGAGUUGAGGUUUGGCGUGAUUCCAAACCUGGAAAAGCAGUUGCCCAAGGAUGGCGAAAGACCUACCGGCGACAACACCCUCAUCCACGAUUCCGUCACAGCUGACGACAUCGCCAACGUCGUUUCCCGAAUUACCGGCAUUCCGAUCUCCAAGUUGUCCAGCGGCCACAUGGAGAGACUGAUCCACAUGGAGGACAUCCUCCGCGAAUCUGUUCGCGGCCAAGACGAGGCUCUGAAGGCGGUCGCCGACGCAGUGAGAAUGCAAAGAGCCGGACUGAGCGGCGAGAACCAAAAGCACACCAUCUCCCGCCUGAUUGGCGCUCCCUCUGGCUACGUAGGCUACGAAGACGCCGGCCAACUGACGGAGGCCGUGCGCCGCAAGCCGUACGCCGUCCUCCUCUUCGAUGAGUUCGAGAAGGCGCACCGGGACAUCUCCGCUCUCCUCCUCCAGGUACUCGACGAGGGCUACCUGACCGACGCCCAGGGCCACAAGGUUGACUUCAAGAACACCAUCAUUGUGCUCACCUCCAACCUCGGCGCCGACAUCCUCGUCGACGCCAACCCACUGGUCCCAUACAAGGAGACGGAAGACGGCGACAUCCACCCGGAUGUCAAGAAGGCCGUCAUGGACGUCGUCGCAUCGCAGUACCCCCCCGAGUUCCUCAACCGCAUCGAUUCCUUCAUCGUCUUCAAGCGUCUCGCCCUGGAGGCGCUCAGAGACAUUGUCGAUAUUCGUUUGAGGGAGCUCCAGGAGCGGCUCAACGAUCGCCGCAUCACGCUCACGGUCCCCGACGAGGUCCGCCAGUGGCUGGCCGAGAGGGGUUACGAUCCCAAGUUUGGUGCUCGUCCGCUUAACCGCCUUAUCACCACCGAGAUUGGCAAUGGGCUUGCGGAUAAGAUCAUUCGUGGACAGAUCAAGACUGGUGAUAAUGCGGUGGUGGAAAUCAAGGAGGACAAGAGUGGAUUGAAUGUCUACGCGAAGCCGCAGGAGCAGCCGCCGGCCGAAGAAGCUGAGGGUGGCGAGGCUCAGGCCGCCCCUGAGGCGUGA